AUGCAGCGGAGGCGACGGAGGCGAGCGGGUCUCGUCGCGAUGGUGACGCUGCUGUCUUCGCCUUCGCUCGCGCGCGAGUGGGUCGCGGGCCGCGACUGCCCCCCCGCGCGCUGCUCGCCGCUGUGCCUCGUGUCGCCCGACGACGGCGCGUGCUUGGCGCUGACCCAGACGGAGACCGCGGGCGAGUGGCGCGUGACGCUAGACAGCAACUACAGCUACUACAACUUCGGGGCUCGGGUGGAGCUGCCGCCAGACGUGCGGACACUCGCGCUGCAGGGAGACAAGACGCGCGUGCAGUUCGACGCCGCCAGCCUCUGGACGGGCGAGCGGCUGGCCGCGCUGCUAUUUAUUGGCCUGGACCUGACCAACGCCAGGCUGCCCAAGCUACCGGAGACGCUCACGCAGCUGCGCAUCGUGGAAUGCGCACUAAGCAGCAUCCCUGUGGCCUGGCUGCUGGCGCUACCCAAGCUCGAGACGCUCGUGCUGAUGAACAACACAUUACUGGAGGAGACGCGGACGCUGCCAGAGCUCAGCGCGCAGCAGUUCAAGUUGCUGAGCGCUCGGCUCACGGGCGGGUCUUUAGUUAUUAAGCAGGGAGAAGCGGAACAGGUUGAAGCGCGGACGACAGAGUGUACCGACGUAAGAGCAGGCAGCGUGCAGAGGUUGGGUGGAUGGCAGGUCUGCGUUGUCCCUGAUGAAGUUGCCGUCGCUCGGCGGCUACAGACUUCGGCAGACUCCGGGUCGGGUGAAAGUCGGACGCAAGGCAGCAACGAAACAAUGGGCAGCGGCUCACAGUCCUCAGCAGUUCACGACACAUCGACGCUCGUGAUGCUCAGCAUGGGCUUGCCGUUCGUCUACUUCUUGUAUAAGCUGGGGCUCUUCUUCUUCUUCAUGCUGACGUACAAGCGGUAUCGCAGCGGGAAUGGCGCGGUGCCUCGUGUGGUAGACAACACGAAGGACAUGGGCGUCGACACGACAAACGACAGUGAGAGGGACCGCCCCACGGCAAACGCUUCGAGCACUUCCCCGCCACCGACCCCGUCGCCUCGGGUACAUCGGAGGCAGGACAAGAAGCCCUUCAGCAGCAAUAACGCUGGGUUUUGGGUGGACGAGGAGCUGCAGCCGUGGCGGUUGGACUUCCAGCGCCUCACAAUGAUCAAGGGCCUCAAUCUGCUGCCGGCUGAGAAGCGCCAGACGCUUCGUAAACAAAGUGUGUCAAGCGCGAUGAACCCUCGAGAGAUCUGGCUGGCGUCGUAUUCAUCGGGCAAGCAUUCCGCUGCAGCUGUCUCGCCUGGCGGGGGCACUACUGGCACUUUGGUGGUGGCCAAGUAUAUUACACCCAAGGAAGACCAAGGCCCGCGGUCAUCAUCAAAUGGCAAUGGUGGUGGAGCUAGGGAUAAGCUCAAAGGAGAGCUGAAGCGUCAGGCCAUCUUUUCGCACCCGCAAGUGGUGGCUUUCAUUGGCGUGGCCUGGUCUCGCGAAACACACUUGGUCGCUGUCACGGAGUACAUGGCUCAAGGCGAUCUCCGACAAUGGCUCCAUCGCACGGCAAGUGGUCAAGCUGGCAAGUGGUCUGUACAGAAAGUACAUAUGCUGCUGGAUGUGAACAGGGCGCUGCUCUACCUGCACUCGAUGCAUCCACGUCUAGUACAUGGGAAUUGUAACUCUCGAAAUGUGCUGUUGGACCAUGCGCUGCGCGCCAAGUUAAGUGACUAUGGCGUCGAUGGCCGUGCCGAUGGCCUCACGGAGCAGGAGCUCAUGUCGUAUAGCGCGGUGGGCUCUGGGCGGUGGAUCUCACCCGAAGCUCUACUGGGCCGCGAAACGAGCUCGUCGUACCCGGACGCCAGCGACGUCUACUCGUUCGGAAUUUUGAUCGCCGAGAUGGACUCACACGAGCUGCCAUUCUCGGAUUUGAUGCAGGCAAACCGUUCGGCCGUCCCCGAGACUGACAUCCUGCAGCUGAUUGCCAAGGGUGCGCUAACGCCGACGCUGUCGCCGGCGUGCCCGAAGAGCAUCGUGAAGCUAGUCAACGCAUGCACCAGCUACAAGCCCAAGUACAGACCCAGCAGCACACAAGUGCAGCAAGACCUGCUGCGCAUCCUGGAUGAUUUCCGGGAGAUCGAGGGCAAAGCGACGGCCACAGUCUCAGUCGGAGCGCAGCGCUCGAACCCGCCGUGGAAUUUUGUAUGA